AUGUCAUCAAUCUUUCCAAAUUGGUUUACUGAAACAAUGUUAUUUCAUCGAAAAACUUAUGAAUCUGAACAAAUGAAUGGAGAUAUAACUGCUGAACGUUUAAAAUAUCUUCUUGGUAUACAAUAUUAUACAAAUUUAUUUUCUCCAUCAAUUUUAAAUUUAUCAUCAUCAGGAACAAGUGAUAAAUCUGAAAAAACUGAAGAAGAAGAAGAAGAAGAAGAAGAGGAAGUAGAUGAACGAGAAGAUGAAACAGAAGAAUUUAAUUCAUAUAAAUGUAAUGAUUGUGAAAAAUAUUUUUCAACAUCUCAUGGUUUAGAAGUUCAUGUACGACGUACACAUUCAUCGGAUUUAAAACCAUAUUCAUGUGAUUUAUGUUCAAAAACAUUUAGUCAUUCAUUAUCACUUGCACAACAUCGAAUAACUCAUACACAAGAACGUUGUUUUCAAUGUAAAACAUGUGGAAAAUGUUUUAAACGUUCAUCAACAUUAUCAACACAUUUAUUAAUACAUUCUGAUACUCGACCAUAUUCAUGUAUACAUUGUGGUAAACGUUUUCAUCAAAAAUCUGAUAUGAAAAAACAUACAUAUAUUCAUACGGGAGAAAAACCUCAUAAAUGUAUUGUUUGUGGUAAGGCUUUUUCUCAAUCAUCAAAUUUGAUUACACAUAGUCGUAAACAUACGGGUUUUAAACCAUUUCAAUGUCAUAAAUGUUUACGUGCAUUUCAACGUAAAGUUGAUUUACGUCGUCAUAUUGAUACACAACAUGGUGCCGAGCAUCUUCAUGACAAUUUAUCUUUAAAACCAAUACAUCAUCAUUCACAUCACAACAGUAAUCAAAAUGAAAUAAAUGAAUCAACAAAUAAUAAUGGAAAAUAUGGACCAAUUGGUUCAUUGAUUCAAGAACUUGCUGCUCGACGUUGA